CUAUAAUGGUAAUAAUAAUAGCAAUAUAAGUGAUAACACCGUUGUCCAGUUCCCUAACAAUUUACAAUUUUCCUUGUAUAAGAAACUGCCAAGAUUUCCAUUUUUGCAUUUCUUCACCUAAGCCAUCACUCAUUCAUUCACUCGGAAGAUGAUGAUAACAAGAAAUUAUGAAAUAAAGGAAGUUGUAGAACACGGGUGUACAACAUUUACAUUUUUCUUAUAUAUCACAAAUGAUUUGAAUUUGAAAAUUUUAAAGUAGUUACUUAUCAAUAUUAAUAUAAUACUGAUAUCUUAAUUAUCUCAUAAAAUUAUUCCGAGAAAAAGGAGGAAUAAUUAGAAACAACCUCUCUAUUUUUUUUUUUUUUGGGUGUAAACCACCUCUCUGUUUCCAUCCUACUCUCCAAAUAUACUUCCUUUCCUUUUCUUUCCUUUGAUGGCCAUUCUUUGAUUUUUUUUUUUUUUUGUUGAAACAUUCUUUGAUUUUUGUAUUCUCCUCUCAUCCCUUUUUCCUUCCCCCACUUCCUCACCUUCCUGCUUUCUCCAUAGUCGGAGAACAAGCACAUUUCCCUCCUCUCUCUAACACAUGCUCUUUUUGAAGAUAUUUUUUUGCCACCAACGUUGUGGUGGCUCUUAAGAGAAGAAAUUCCCAACCCAUGUUUCUUCCCAUCUGGGUCACCUCAAUCUCAACCAAAGUUUGCAUCUUUACCCCAUUUUCCAUCCUCACAAGAAAAUUUUCAUGAAGACAUGGAGGCAAUGAAGUCAAUGAAGAAGGAAGCAAUAUUCUUCAUGGCACAGAACAACAAUGAGAGGAAGAAAAAUGACUCAGUGAAAGAAGAAAUGAGAGUUGAGGAAUGGGAAAUGAGGCCAGGAGGAAUGUUGGUUCAGAAGAGCAGCAACAAUUCACAUCCUCUCCCAAUUGUUCCCAUGAUUACAGUCAAAGUCAAAUUUGGCUCUUCAUAUCACAAUGUCUCCAUUAGUUCCCAAGCAAGCUUUGGGGAGCUGAAGAAAAUGCUGGCAGGGGAAACAGGAGUCCACCCAGAAGACCAGAAGCUGAUGUACAAGAAGAAAGAGAGGGAUUCCAAGGCGUAUUUGGAUGUUGCCAGGGUGAAAAAUGGAUCCAAGAUUGUUCUAAUUGAGGACAUCACCAGCAGGGAAAGACGGUGUUUGGAGAUGCUUAAGUCAUCUAGAUUGCACAAGGCUUCCAAAUCCAUUGACCACAUCACCACAGAGGUCAACUCACUGGUUCACAAGGUGAUAUCCCUGGAAGCAGCGAGUGGUAAAGGUGGGAUAGUUGCUGAAAAGGACAUAGAUGAUUUGACAGAAGCUUUGAUGUCCAAAUUGGUGGAGUUGGAUGGGGUUUUGGUGGAUGGAAGCUUGAAGUUGCAGAAAACAACUCAGGAAAGGAGGGUUCAGAAGCACAUUGAGAUUCUUGAUAUGUUGAAGCUGGAGAUUGGCUCUUCAAGCAAUGGAAGCAGCAAAGUUGGGAACUUGGAAGCAGAAACAACAACAAAGCAGAAGCAGGAACAGCAGCAGCAGAAAGUUGAGGCCAAAGCAAAGGAUGUGACAGUUCUUCAAUUGCCAGUAGUAAAGCAGUGUGAUGCAGUUGUGGUGACAACGAAAUGGGAGACUUUUGAUUAACUUGAAGACAAAGGGAGCUGCCAGAAUACCAAAAGGGUCCAGAAUUUCAUCAGAAAGCUCAGAGCUGGGUUUCUUGUUUCUAGAAGGCCUAGCUAAGCUAAAUCCAAGUCUCACAGAAACAUGUGGUGGAGUUCAGAUGACAGAUAGCUAAUACUCCAGAUUAUUCCUUUUAGCUACAGAAAGAAGAAGGGUAAGAAAUGACUGGUUGAGUUUUUCGCUUUUCCACUUUUCCACUCUGUAGUAUUUGUCUUCCUGUCAAAUGGGUCCAAAGUUGCAAAAUUUACUAGAAAGAAUACAAAGCAUACAUUAUUAUAGCAUGUAAAAGACUAAAUCUGAUUCCUCCACUCUUCUUCAUGUAAAAUAAUUUGAAAGUUGGUAAUUUUUGGGAUCACAAAGAAGUAGUCCUCUUUUUAAUCUUUAGGUUAGUUGUGUUGCUCAUAAGAAAACAAUAGUAAGCGGAAUGAAAUUUUGUCACAAAAUGGAAAAGAUAAGAAAUCCCCACUAGGGCAGUACAGCCAUUCAUGAAUUAAUGUGUAGUUUACAGAUUAUGAAAUGCUGUAAACUAUAUCGAAGUAGUGUGUGAUUGAGUUGACUUUUAAUGAACGAAUGAAUUAUAUGUGGAAAGAUAUGAGGUGUGUUCACAAUGAACGGUAUCCACGUGGCAGGUUUCAAUUGGGGAGGAUGCGAAUAGCCAAAGAGUUCUUUUCCUUGUUAAUACAAUUAACAAAUAUUUAAUAUUUUUUUUGUGUUUAGUUCGAUCAUCCGUGUGCAAUGCAGUUAGAAUAUAUGAUAAUUAUUCGAUAAUAAAAAUAAGAAGCAACCUUUUGACUUGCCAGAUAGGGUGCAAGUCGAUUGGGUGACCUGCAAUCCACUCACCCCCAUAAAUGUGAGUAGGAGAUUUAUCAAUUCGCAAUCCAUCCACAUCAAUCACUCACCCAUUACAGUUCAGAUUAUUUGCGGGUGGAUCAAAACUAAACCGCGAAUUAACCACUCGCAUGCUCACCCCUAAAUGUACGUACCGUAGUAGCUUCCCUUUAGCAAUCGGAUUGUCUGCAACAAACAUGUGCACACUGAUCCCACGAUUGUUUGCAAGGCAAGUGAUACAUCUAUGACCUGUCCCUCGGAUGCUUCUACAUUACUUUAUUGCCAAGCAUGGUCUUUGAAGCGUGCAACUAGUUAACUUUCUAAAAUUCUAACAUUAGUUAAAAACCAUAUAAUAGUGAUCAAUUUGGUAGGUGACCAUAACUUCAGUUUGGUCCAAUUGAAAUAUCGAUACGAUACUUUUUUAAAAAGUUUUGAAAAAAACACAUUAAACCGAAAAAUCUAAUCAUAUUAUACUGAAUUUGACUUGAGCUUAGUUCAAAUUUCGAAUUAGUCGAAUACCGAUCAAAUCAUGCAUGCCUCUACUACUGAUCAGUAGUAAACUUAACUCACACAAAAUGGGCCAGAAUAAGCCCAAACAAAUAAGGACAAAAAACAAAUGAAGAAUUCAGAUGUUU